AUUAAAUCCUUCAGCUCCUUCUGCAACAGGAGAGAUUAAGGGAUUAAUAUUUGGAAAAUGAUUAUUUUGGGCAGCAAACACCUGCCCUUAGGUUAUGGGCUACUCCUUUGCCUACUCCAAGGCAGUGUGAGAGCACAAAACGUCAAAGCCACAGUUGGAGUUGAUGUUACUUUAUCGUGCAAGUACGAUGCCCAGUACUACGGCAGGCUUGCUGUAUGCUGGGGCCGAGGGGCCAUCCCCAACAGCGGCUGUGCCAAUCAAGUCAUCAAAUCAGACGGGACGUCGGUGACCAACAGAUUGUCAGAGCGCUAUGUGCUCAUGGGUGACCUCAGUAAGGGUGACGUGUCCCUGACCAUCAGGCAGGUCCAGGAGGACGACUCAGGGAUGUACGGCUGUCGCGUGGACAUACCGGGCUGGUUCAAUGACCACAAACACCAGCUGACCCUGACGGUGGUGCCAGCACCUCCUAACCCUCUGAGAAUAGAGACAAGAGAGGUGAAGGAGAGGACCAUCACUGUCCGCUGGACGUCUGUGUUUGAUGGUGGCAGCCCCAUCACCUCUUAUAGGAUUGACUUCAAGAACAAACUGGCACCCUGGGAUACAGCAGUAACAACGGCAGACAUAGGCCCCGAUCUGACUCAGGUCACUUUGGUUGACAUGCGUCCGGCCAAGGCGUACAACAUUCGAAUGUUUGCUAUCAACAGUGUGGGCACCAGCGAGACCAGCAACACUCUCACUGUCACCACAAAAGAAGCAGCGCCAGGGGGUCCUCCGCUGGAUGUGCAAGUUGAAGCCCUCACUUCUCACAGUAUCCAAGUCACUUGGAAGCCUCCAAAGACUGACCUCCGCAACGGUGUUCUGCGGAGCUACAGCCUCAGCUACAGGGAGUACGACCCUGAGAGCAGGCAGUUCAGGAGGUCGCAGCACCACAGCGUGACCGCCACCAGGGAAUUAGAGAGCGUCACCCUGCACAACCUGAAGCCGUCCACCCAGUACAGCAUGCUGAUACAGGCCAAAACGAAUGGAGGACUAGGGCCUCCCUCAAAUCCAGUUGCCUGCACAACUCUGAAUGAGGUUCACACAACAUCAACAGCUGAGAUGCCUGUGACAACUUCAAUUGCUUCAACCUGGGGAGAAAGCACUACAAGUUUCACUCCAGUUUCCCCUGACCCCCCGAUGCUAGAGUUACUGGAGGUCAAAGACAAGAUGAUUACUCUUCAUUGGACUGCUGGGUUUGACGGAGGAAACCCCAUUACUGGUUAUGACCUUGAGUAUAAACCAGACAAUGCCUCAUGGGAUCACACAAAUACAGUUGCAGACUUCAGCUCCAACCAGACUGAAACCACAAUAAUAGAGAUGUAUCCGUCCACCUACAACAUCCGCGUCUUUGCCAGGAACAGCAUUGGCAUGAGUGAAGCCAGCAACGUCCUCACCGUCACCAUCGAAGAAACAGGUCGUCGUGAGGACACCAUCACAACUUCCAUAUCAACUCAAAAGGCGACCUUCUCAACUACCACGUCUGCAGACACUCAGGCCGCUGUGAGCACUGAGGAGAGUCAGGGUGGCCACCUCGCUGCCAUCGUGGUGCCAGUCGUACUGGUGGUGUUGAUUGUUGCCAUAGUUACAACAUGGCAAUUCCGGCGGAUGAACAAGAGGAAGGGCAGCUGGGGAAUAGGUUGGCUGACCAAUGGUGCCAUACAUUACAGAGACUCUGAGCCCAUCCCAGAGCUGUGAGCUGCAGUGUGGCUUUUACAGAGAUUAUGAGAAGAACCAGUGAUUAUGAAUUUCAUGAGCAUGAGUUUUGUAAAUAAUAAGUUCUGGUCUGACUGACCUUUUUCCUGUUUACUUCAUGUUAUGGAGAAAGGAAACAAAAUCUAUCACAAAAACUUCACUCUCCAACGAAGUGCUAAAGUUGAGCAGCUGACCAAACACAAUAUAAAAAAGAAGAAAAAUUAAGUAAGGUGGAAACUUUAAACACAAAAAAUGACAUGGUGUCUCUUUUAUUUGGUUAAUGACCAUAAUGAAAGCAUUCUUCCAAAUUGGUUAAGUUGUUCCAAAUUUGUUGAGGGUAAGCUGUACUGACUUGAUGUCUUGCAGAGAUAUUAUUUGCAUGAUUUGAAUGAUGGUCAUAUUGUCUUCUGUUUAUGUGAUGGCUGGUGUAAUGGAAUCCCACCAGAUCCUCCCCAUUUUCUGUUAUGCUAAUAAAA